AUGCAGGCCGGCCACAGUUCGCGCCCAGAAGCUCCCCGCGACAUACAGGCAAUCUGCCCGUAUCACCACUUACUAUUGUGGCUCUCCCUCACAACCAAGGAACAAGCUGACAGUCACCUCUUCUCCUUGAAUAGCGUAGCGGUUACGAAGGCCGAGUGGUCGCGAAAAUUGAAAUAUCUGGUCAAGGCAGCAGGUUUGGACCCCAAACUGUACUCUGGGCAUUCCCUGCGCAUCGGAGGUCUGUCCGCCUUGAAGGAGUCUGGUUUAUCGAACAGCGAGGUAUAG